AUGCGACGGCCUAAUCCCAGCGGAGCGUCCGGCGACGACGUUACCGACCCGCGUGACGGUGAGAGAAGUGUUCGAGUACUCACGCACCUGCGUGAUUAUCCCAUGCGACACGGUCCAGGCGUGGAUCCAGGAGAUGGAGCUAGCGGCGUCGCAGCCCUCGGCGAUGACGGUCGAUCCGAAGGAGACGACGGAGAGAGGCACGAAUUCGAACGGCGGAGAGACUCCGGUGAGUAUGCGCAUCAAAAACUGGUGCGGCGGAGGGCCGUGGAACCAGUAGUCCAGAUCUGGGGUGAGGAUCUUGUGCACCGAUUCGACGUCUCGAGAUCUCAGGGCGUCAUAAAGCUUCAGAACCACGUCUCGGUUCUUGAUCUCUGA